AUGCAAAAUUUAGCUGCUUCAGCAAAUCUACAGCUUUUCUCGAAGGCUCUUCAAGAAACUGCCCAACAACCAAACGACACUUCAGAACAUAAACAACAGCAGCAGCAAAAUCCUGUAAUUUCUGCUGCUGAUUUGCAACAUUAUAUGUUUCCUCAUUUGGAAAAUCAUUUGGAUCAGGCAAGUUUUUCUUUUGUAAAUUUAUCUUAAAAAAUUUUUUAAAAUUUCUGAUUCUUUUUUAUCUUGUCUUUCUAUUUUUACAAUGUCGACAUUUUGUCGUUUUCUAAUUUUGUCUGGUGUUGCGACAAUUGCGGAAGACAGUUUCGGAUAUGUAUAACAAUAACUGAUACAUAUAAAAUUCAAGAAAAAAUUAAAAUGAAGUAAAAUAGUAAUUAUGGAGUCCUUUUGACAGAUUCCGUCCUAACCCUAGGGUCUUAAAUUAUUUCAGGAUUGAUAGGGGAUUGAAAAAAAAUUUUUUUAAAGCUUUACGUCCGCAAUUGUCUUAUCAAAAAUUGUCGCAACACCAUUUUGACUUGUU